GUGGAUUUUUGACAUUUGACAGCAAACAGCUGUUCUGAUUGUGACGCAGGUUGCACUGUAGUUUGAAUGCAAACAGCCAGUGGCGACGGCCACGGCUCGCAAACAAAGAAGCGCGAUUUCGGUCGGGACGGGACUCCGCUGCGCCCCGGACAAGAUGUAAACAUCGCGCCACCAUGGCUGAGGAAAGGGGAUACGUUACCUUCAACUGUCAGAAAUGCCUGGUGCCGUUGCGACUCGACGACUCGCUGCACUCCAUCGGCGAGCACACACUAGCUGAAUUAACACUGCCCAUCAACUCGACGCCGGACGUCGACAUCGAAUCGCAGGCGACCAGUUUCGACAACUAUGUGCAUCCCUACAGGUUGUCUGACUCAGCAAAUGGGGCCAAUGGCGAAUUUAUGCUGAUAUCAGAUGGGAAAGAGAUUCAUGGCUUGGGAAAGAAGAUGGAGGUGGAAGCAGCCUUAUUUGAUACACUGUCAGGACACUCAAAAAUUGAUCAUCCCUUGUGUGAAGAAUGCACGGAUCUGUUAAUGGACGAGUUAGAAAGACAGAUGAAGCUGGCAGAUAGUGACUUCAAUGAUUUUAGUCAAUAUUUGAAGAAAUUGGAAGCUGACGUUUCCGAACCGAGCAUCGCCGACCUCCAGAACGAACUCAAAAGUCUCCAAGCUGAAGAGGAACAAUACAUGGCUGAGCUACGCGAUAAAGACCAGGAGAAUAAAGCAACUCUUGCGGCGCUCGCUGAACAGGAAGCCGAAGCGCAGCGUUUGAAUCAGGAAAGCAACAAUUAUUGCAAACAAUUCGCACGCCAUCGGUACGAUUACAUGACGGUUGAGGAUGAUUACAAAAGCUUGGAAACGCAGCUGAGAUACAUAAACUAUCAGCUGGAGAAACUGAAGAAAACGAACAUUUUCAAUGUGACGUUCCACAUUUGGCACUCGGGACAUUUCGGGACCAUCAAUAAUUUACGCCUCGGCAGAUUACCGACGGCGCCGGUUGACUGGUCGGAGAUCAACGCUGCCUGGGGACAGACGGCGCUGUUAUUGAACGCUCUCGCACGCAAGCUCGGCUUCGCCUUCAGCAAGUACCAGCUGGUGCCCUAUGGUAAUCAUUCGUAUAUAAGAGUUGUUGAUGAACAGAAAGAGUUGCCAUUGUAUGGCUCGGGUGGGUUUCGGUUUUAUUUCGAUCCGAAGAUCGACUCCGGUAUGGUCGCCUUUCUGCACUGCCUGCAGCAGUUCAAGGAGCAUGUCGAGAGCGGCGAUCGUGACUUUAAUCUGCCGUAUCGCAUGCUCAAGAACGGAAAAAUCGAAGACAACAAUACCAGUUAUUCUAUUAAGGUGCAAUUUAACUCGGAAGAGCAAUGGACGAAAGCCCUCAAGUUCCUGCUCACCAAUCUGAAGUGGAUCACCACCUGGAUAUCCACACAGUUCGAGAAUGAAAGCGUUUGAGAAGUGCGUGUGUGUUUAUUUACGAACAUUAAGUGCGAAUGCGCCACAAAAAGGUAUCAGAUAUUUAAUUUAAUAAGAAUAAAAACAACAGACAGUUUAAA